CGGCCCAGUCGCCAAACCCGGAAGCCCUUGCGGCUACCCCGCCCCCUCGCAGACCUAAUCUGCUGGCUGCGGUGCUGGUGCGGACAUCCGGGGGACGUCAGGCCCCGCGCCCCUACCCAUCCACCUGCGCAGGUGGCGCUCUCCACGAGCAGUCGUCCCGGCGCGCUGGGCCGCAGCGGGCUGAGCAGACCCGGCCAGCUGCCAGUGCAGACACCUUCCAGGAUGUACAUGCGGGUGGAGACCCGCACCAGCUCCUGUCUCCAUCUGAAGAGGGCUCCAGGCAUCCGGUCGUGGUCCCUCCUAGUUGGCAUCCUGUCGACUGGGUUGGCUGCUGCCUACUACAGUGGAGAUAGUCUGGGUUGGAAGCUCUUCUAUGUCACAGGCUGCCUCUUCGUGGCUGUGCAAAAUCUGGAGGACUGGGAGGAAGCCAUCUUCAACAAGAGCACUGGGAAGGUCAUUUUGAAAACGUUCAGCCUCUACAGGAAGCUGCUGACCCUUCUUAGAGCAGGCCAUGAUGAAGUGGUGGUCCUGCUGAAUGACAUCCGGGAUGUGAAUGUGGAGGAGGAGAAGGUCCGCUACUUUGGGAAAGGAUAUAUGGUGGUGCUGCGGUUCUCCACAGGCUUCUCCCAUCCCCUCACCCAGAGUGCAGUCAUGGGGCACCGCAGUGACGUGGAGGCCAUCGCUAAGCUCAUCACCAGCUUCCUGGAGCUGCACCGCCUGGAGAGUCCCUCGGAACGGUCGCAGAGCAGCGACAGUGAGGUUGAUGUUCCUGGCAGCCAGAGCUGACAGGCCCAGGGUGGCCAUGGGUGAGCACCAUCCACAGUAUCCUCUUGGCUUCCCACAGCGCCUUAUCUGAGCAGCCCGUUGCAAGGCUCCUGGCAGGUCUUGGACGCCUGCCUGUGGCUCCCAGGGCAGCAAGGACAGACUGCCUGCCUUGGCCUGUUCACACUCCUGGCUCCAUUCUGCCCAGAGCCGUGCUCAUAACCCAGGGGGCUCAGAAGUCACCACCCCUCCCAGAACUAGACAGCAGCCCUGGCCUGGGCAAAGUGGAAUGUGGAGGUGAUAGACAGCAUGGCCUGGCUCAUCCCAUGGACUCUGAAACAGAAGGACACCCAGACUUUCUCCAGCAUGGGCCCAGGGCCUGCCCUGCCCACAGCCAGAGGCUUUGCCAGCCCUGGGCUUUUGGCAUUAAGUUCUAUUCAUAAUAUGAUGGCCACAUGCCUGUGCCUGUGGGGAGAGCCAGGCCUCUCUGGAUACUGAUGCCAGCAUGUUGUGCUUGGAGAUCUUGGUGCAUCCUACCCUUCCUGGUUGCAUGUCCUCAGUUGUUAAGAUGGACCUGACCCUGGGCAGGAUGCCUGGGCACCAUGGACUGUGGGGGCUGCAGUACUCAGACUGUCUCUCCCCAAGAACCCCUCUCCCUUGCUGACCCCAGGGAAACGAACAUACUAGCUGCCUGCCCAGAUGCUUGCCUUAGCUCACCAGACUGCAGCAUAGUUGCUGCCCACAACAGGACCACUGACCUCCCACCCCGGCCUGGGCAAGGAAGGGAGGUCACUUCUUCAAGCAUCUUGUGGCGUCUGAAGACCACAAGCUCUUCUGCAGAGACCCCGCUCCAGCUCUGAGCCCUGGAACCUGCAAGUGCAGACCCCGUUCCUGGCUUUGGCCAUCUGUCACAGAAGCUGGGAGCCAGGCCUGAGAACUGGGGACUCCUGGUCCCUGGUCAGCACCCACGAGGCUGUGCUUGUAGGCACAGCCAGGCAGAACUAGAGAGCCAGAGCAUCCCUGAGACACAGGUUUGAGGCUGCUUUGAGGCCACUGGCCCUGGGCUGGGCAGGAUGGUCAGGCUAGUACCUUGGUGAAAGCAGGCCAGAGCUCCUGCUUGGAAGUAGAUGCCCCUCAGCCAUGAAUUGGGAAAUGUGGCACUUUAAAUGUACAGCCCAGUGCUGGCUGUUAAAUGGCUGAAUCUGGGAGGUUUUUCUUUCCUAAAAAGAAAUGUGUGAAAUACAGCAAGUGAUGUCUAGCUCAUCGGCCUAUGGCUUCAUUUUCUUGAUGAUACUGGGGGUUGAAGCAAGAGUCUUAUAAAUGCUAGGCAGACUUGCUUUACCAUUGAGGCACAUCUCAAGCCAUGUUUUCAGUUUUAUUUUGAGACAGUCUUGCUAAGUUGCCCAGCCUGGCCUUGAUCUUGUGAUCUUCCUGCCUCAGCCCCCUGGAUAACUAGGAUUACAGGUGUGUGCCAUCACAUCCAGCCUCUGUGCACCUGAAUGCUUCAACUGAGGGAGGAGCAGUUGCUCUAGAGCCCAUUCCCUGGCUGCAGGGUGCUGUCUUGGCCUUCCCUGCAGGGAUCUUGGGGCUGAGGCUCAUUCCUCAGUGAGAGAGAGGCCAACUGCAAACCAGGAAGCUGGCAAAAAACCCGAUUCAAGUUUUUGUUAAUGGGACUUGCAGCCUGUAGUAUUUUUAUUUCAGAUGAAUUAAUAAAGUUCUACAUGCACAUCA